AAUCAUCAGACAGUGGAAGUGAACAACAAGAAGAGGAAGAGGAAGAGGAAGACGACACGAUUUGGAAGCGCGCAUUUCGAAUCACAAGACGAUGCUGAUGGAUGCGGGUGUAUUUAAUCCAACACGCGCCUCCGCAGUAUUCGCCUUCUUCUUCAUCUUCUUCGUCGCCGCGCACAGCGCCUCUAAUGAUUCCCAGGUCAAAUGUAGCAGAACUUGUGUUGCGGAGAACUGUGAUUCGGUUGGAAUUCGGUAUGGGAAGUACUGUGGAGUAGGAUGGACCGGAUGUCCGGGAGAAAAGCCGUGCGAUGAUGUCGAUGCUUGUUGUAAGAUUCAUGAUGAAUGCGUGGAGAAGAAAGGUUUGACUAAUAUUAAAUGCCAUGAGAAGUUUAAGAGGUGCAUAAAGAAAGUGCAAAAAUCUGGGAAGGUCGGAUUUUCUCGGGAUUGUCCGUACGAGAAAGCUGUUCCUACUAUGGUACAGGGAAUGGAUAUGGCCAUUUUAUUCAGUCAAUUCGGUAACCCUAAGAUUGAACUUUAACUUUCCGAUUGUUUGGAUGGGCAUUGCCCAUGUCAUUAAACAUUCGCUUUGUAUUCAACAAGCAUGAAUUUUGAGAAUUUUGAGGAGUCUUUAUGCUCUCACUAAUUUAUGUUGUUUGACUGAAAGACUUAUGAAUGAUAUUGACUUCAAUAUUUGUCAUUGGAA